CGUAUAACCUUUCCCGCCCUUUCUCACAUCACAUCACACAACAAUAUCAAUAUCCGAUCCAAUUGAUCUUCAACUCUGCUGACUUCUCGAUAUCAUCGAUUUUAAUCGGAAUUCAUUUAUACACCGAGGGGAUGGCGCAUAUCAAUUCCUUAGAAAAUGGCGUAGCAGCUAAGGAUUAUACGGAGAUUAUAGUUGUCCGUCAUGGAGAAACUCCCUGGAAUUGCGAUGGAAGAAUUCAGGGGCACUUGGAUGUGGAGUUGAAUGAUGUUGGGAGACAGCAGGCUGUCGCAGUGGCUGAUCGUCUUGCAAAUGAGAGCGAAAUCUCAGCCAUUUACUCUUCUGAUUUGAAACGAGCUCGUGAAACUGCUCAAAUUAUUGCAAGCAAAUGUAAUGUUCUUGAGGUUACAGAAGAUCCUGACUUAAGGGAAAGACAUCUAGGAGAACUCCAAGGUCUUGUGUAUCGUGAAGCAGCUAAGCUUAAACCGGAUGCUUUUAAGGCUACUUUACCAUUAUCAAGAACAGAUCAAGAAAUCCCAGGAGGCGGAGAAAGUUUGGAUCAAGUUUAUAACCGCUGCACAAUCUCAUUGCAGAAAAUUGGAAGGAAUCAUAAAGGACAAAGAGUGGUAGUAGUAACCCACGGUGGAGUAGUGAGAGCAUUUCACAAGUAUGCAGCUCCAAAAGAAGAAUCACCAGGCAAGAUUAGGAAUGCAUCUAUUAACAUUUUUCACAUCGAUGGGGACGACAACUGCACUCUCACAACCUGGGGCGAUAUCAGCCAUCUUAGUGAUACCGGUUUCCUCGAGUCUGCUUUUGGUGGUGAUGGAAAUUCUGGCUAGCUCGUGCUUUCCGCAAUCGGCAUUUAGAUCGCCUGGCUAGAUGAUAUUACCAGCAGUUUGUUAUGUAAACUCACCAAGUAAUCAACAUAGAAUUGCCAACUCUAGCAAGUUAAACUUCCAAUUACUAGGGGUGAGCCGUGGGCCAUUUUCUUGCCUGCACUUGACUAAGUUGUGCGAUGAAAUAAUCAAGAAUGAAUGAAGUAAUAGUAUAAAUGGAGAAAUUCUAAGGUAGAUUCAGUCCACCAUGUCAUCCGUGGACUAAACCAAUUAUAUCAGAACACCUCAUUAAAAUGAGGGUAUUCUUGUAAUUUCGUUUGUUAUUUGCAUACACUUUUGAAUAAUGAUAUUAUAAAAAUACUCUCAUUUUAAUAAGAUGUUAUGAUAUGAUUGAUUUGGUUUACGGAUGACGUGGUGGACUAAGUCUACAUAAGAAUUUCUCGUAUAAAUGUCGCUAGUUCAAACAAUUUGCAGUGCAAAUGCAAACCAUAAGAAAUAAAUGAAUAUCCAGUGUUACGAAAAUAAACAGGGUUUCUGUUCUGUAUUUAACAGAAAUAAAAUAAUACUUUCUAA